AUGGGAGACACCAAUACUGCUCCUCAUGUGAACGGCAAAAACAGCAAUACAUUGACCACAAUAGACUUGCCACCCAGCGUCCCGGGUCGACCAUACGUUAUUUCUUCCCAAGAAGGAGAGAUCAUUUACAUUCCACUUUCGAAAUCCGCAACACGACUUCUUGUGACAGGCAAGGAAACCGAUAAUGCAUUCGCUGUCGUUGGCAGCAGUGGGAGUCAAAGUGAUCCCAUAGGCUUCCAUUACCAUCGACAUACCCAUGACGUCUUCUUAUGUCUCAAGGGUAAAGUCAAUGUCUGGGCGAACGACCAAGCACGUACCAUGGAAGCAGGGGAUUUCGCCAGUGUACCCCCGGGUACGAUUCACCAAUACCAGAUCCUGGGAGACCAUUCUGAAAUGGUCGGGUUGAUCGUUCCAGGAGGCUGGGAGGAGUUCUUCCGAUUCAUCGGCGAACCUUACGAUGGACCAACAUGGCCACUGGACGACCAGAGGAAUGUUUUCGAGGUACUGAUACCGAAGUUGAAAGCCGCUUCCGAACGAUUCGAUAUGAUUCCAUGCCCUCAGAAUAAGCAGUUUGGACCUUCGCCAUGGCAAGAUGAUGAAAACCAAUUACCGGGAAAGCUGGAGCCAUAUUUUCUAAAGAAUGCCACCGGUCCAGCAUAUCUUGCAGGUGGCACUGUUUGUCGACCUCUUAUCACUACUGCGGAGUCCGAUGGAAAGUUUGUGAUUGGUAGUAUCGAAGGCUCGAAGCAACAUCGACAGGAAGAUAUAAUCGGUGACAGCCGCCGACUGAAGUUUGCGGAUACUCAUCAUGCUUUCCAGGUUGUUGAGGGCGCGAUCGACUUCCAUAUAUCUUCGUCUCAGACCACAUCAUUACAUGCAGGGGAGAUCAUAUAUGUUCCGCGAGGGACAGCUUUCAGCUACCACUUUCGCUCCAGAUAUGCGAAGAUGUACUGCUUCGCCAGUGGGAAGGGUGUCGUCGAGCUGUUGUGCAAGAUUGGCGAAGCAUAUGCGGCACCAGUGCCUCCGGAAAAGGCGGCGAAUUUGAAGGUAGCAGAGGUACAAUCUGUUGCGAUCGAGUGCUCGGGCGAGUUCUGCUGA